AUGGACGGCAUGUCAUCCGCUGUGGCCAUGAUCAACCUUGCUGGACAGGAUGUCAUCGUUUUGGACCGUCUUGAAUCCGAUCUCGUAUGUAGAAUCUCGCUCCCCUGGCUAUCAUCAAUCCCAAUCACACGCAAGCGCAUUGCGGUAGUGGUGGAGCCACUCAAUGUCCUCCAGACGCGACGACGGUGGGAAUGUGCCGCCGCAUUGGGAGUGGACCUGGUGGUGAUCAGUACGGGCGAUUGGUUCCCCGACAGUCAUGAACUACGCUACCUCCGCGAGGGAUUCAUUGUGACGGACAUCACGCCCAAUGCUGGCCUGGCGACGCGUAUUGUGGACGCGGUGCGUUCUUACCCGUCACUGAUCGACGGUAUCUACACCACCGGCCAUCACUGGCUGAUCGCUGUUGCAGACGCGGCCGAGAUAUUAGGACUACCUACUGCCCCAGCGACGGCGUAUCGCAUCGCAUGCGACAAAUCUGAGACUCGAGCACUCGAGCCGGGCGACGCCAGCAUUCUGGUCUCCGGCGUGGAGGACCUCAAUUCGCGGGCCGAGCUGCGAGAGAGCCUUCGCUAUCCUGUAGUGGUGAAGCCCGUGAACAGCGACGGGAGCGAAUGUGUCUUCAAAGUCACGGAUGUUACGGAGCUCGAAGCAGCAGUUGUCAGAGCUGCUGGGCAUAGAAACUCAGGACGGGUGCUGAUAGAACCUUAUAUUGAUGGACCAGGGUUUGAUGUCAAUUUGGUCCUCUGUGACGGCGAGGUGGUCUCCUGCGAAGUCUCGGACGAUUUCCCUUCGGCCGCGGACCACCAGAGCGGUCUUGGGUUCGAUGCGCCGCACUUUGGAGAGACACGCGUGGUUAUGCCAUCCGUGCUUCCGGCCUGUGAGCAGACAUUGAUUGAGCAGAGUAUGGGGGCUAGCGUUCGCCGCCAAGGCUUCCGGCACGGGGUAUUUCAUGUUGAGGGUCGAGUCCGCCAGUCCUGUGUGCGUUUCCAGCAACUGGAUGAUGACCUUGGCUCCCUCGAUCUACGUCCCGCUAAAGUCAAACCCGACUCAGAAACAUCAGAACCCUCGGUCUACUUACAUGAAGUCAAUGCACGCCCCCCGGGCUAUAACAGUUGUACAUCCAGUCUGGUCACGUAUGGGGAGGACUACUGGGCGCUUCAGAUUCUGUGCGCGGUGGAGGACUGGCAGCGAGUAGGAAUGCUGUCUCAGGGCUUUAUCGGUGGUGCCCACGGGGCUGCCAUGGUCAUGAAUACCUUUGUAGUGGUGGACCUCAGCCUCAUCAAGCAGAUUCAUCCUGAGAUCGACCCAGUCACAAUCACUAGACGGUUGCCUGCAGGCACGAUGGAUCCCAUGGGUGAACUCCAACAAACUCACCCUAGCCUUACGCAAAGCGUUGUCCAGAGCAUUGCUGUGUUGAGCAGUGGACAAUCCUACGGGAAUGAAGCGUCGACUUGGUGGUGGCUGGCUACAUUCCUGUUGUUUGUGUCUUGGUGGGAGGACAUCCUGCUGAUAGGAGAAGACUUGACACGCAAGUAUAAGAGCAUUGUACAUCGCGAAAAUGCACCGUCCCGCUAUCGUAUGCCUGGUACAGUGGGCAGGACGAAGUGUUAG